AUGCCUCCCAGGGAGGACGGGGCACCCAAGUCUUUUACCUGGAUUACCGGCGAUCCACGCAGCAAGACGAACAUCACACAGAUUCGUCGGCAUGCGGGGCAGAAUUCCGGGGUGAAAGCUGAGAACAGCGCUAGAGCUCGCUCGAGCUCUCUGCCUAGACCAGGACAUCGAGGGUCCGCAAAGGCCUUUAGAGCUGUCCAUCCUUCUUCCAAGGUUGAUGAAACCGCUGAGAAGCUCCCGAACAAUCAGGGCGAUGCGAGCAAUCUUUCUCACGUGAAUUACCCUUCUGCCGCUGCAGGAUUUGCCGUCGCUUCCUCGUCUGCCACCAAGAAUGAACGGGUCAAUGCCUAUCAACCAUUCUACCCCGUAACGUCGUCCCUGAAGGAGGCAAGUUCAACGAGCGAAGAUGCCAUUCCCACACGAAAGGUCACUAUCUGGGAUCUGGUCAAUCACUCGGCCGAGGAAGAGGAGAGGCAUAGGCUGGAACUGCUGGCCUCGACCCCAGGGCAAGACACCGACGAAGGCCGUUGCGACUAUUUCGGCAGCAACAUAGAUCAUGCGGCCCUCAAGCACGCGUUGAGCGAAGCUCGAGCACAUUCACCGCGAAAUCCUCGAAAAACAUCGCCUCCACCAGCUACAACAGCCCUACAAGCCAACAUUUCAAAGCGCCGCAAACCCGCUGCUCUGGCAGGUUCCUCAAACGCAUCAUGGCGCAUCGGUAUGGCGCCAUCCGCCGUCAUGACUCUGUCCAAGGAAGACUCACAAAUCGAGCAGAUCCUCUUACAAGCCAGCACCUUCUACACGAGCAAAUUCGAGUCUUCAUGGUGCGGACAACUCCGUGAUAGUUACAAUCCUUCCGACAUGGUGAGCGUUGAGAACUUCAACGGCUCCAUCACCACGGCAGCAGGACUUAUGGCAGUGGGACGAAUCGACUCGGCCUCUGCAAUCCUAGGCCGCGUCCUUCCCACCCUCUCGGACCUCUUAAUCUUGCAGCACCCAAAACUCUACUACGUCCUCGCUGAAUUCAGCCUUGACGCCUCCAGCACUGAACUAGGUCGCCUACGCAGCCAAGUAAAAAGGUUCGCCGCCGCCGCAUCUCUCACAAUCCUCGGCUCUUCUCACCCGAUCACAACCCUUCUCCAACUAAGCCUCACGAACGCCGACCAGCGUCUCCGCCUCCGCGAACUAAUCCAGCGGAAAAUCCACGAGCUGCACGAACAACUUUUCAGCGCCACUUCCUCUGAGACAACCGGGCAGUACUACUAUUUCGCGCGUGUGCUGGCUCAGUUGGGACACCUAGAUGAAGCAGCUCGCAUCCUUUCGCAGAUUAUUCCAAUAUGGGAGAAUAGCUAUGGCAAGAACAGCCUCAUGCCUGUCACUGGCCUUCUCGAACUCACCAAAGUCCAUCUCGCGUCAGAUGAUACCUCCAAAGACACGGAAUUGCUCAUUUCUGAUGCUCUACGUCGCACAUUGACUAUUGAAAAGUCCUCAGAGGACCAAGCCGCUGGGCUGGCAGAAGCGGUACAUUCGAGGAUGGGCUGUUUGAGGACAUUGGGACGGUUACAUGUCAUGAGGGGAAACGUGGAGACAGCUAUGAUGCAGUACACCGCGGCGGUGAGUGUGGGAGUGGCCGAGCUGGGAGCCGGUGUGCCUGCUGUGCAACUUGCUUUGGCAGAUUUGGACACCGUGACGCGGAUGGCUGUGCCCCAUCCAGACGACGAAAUGCCCGACGACGCAGAUGAGGCGAUGUCUCCAACAGUGAGGCUGGGACCGGAUGUAAGGGAAACGGCGCGAUUGAAUCUGAGUGCCUUGAAUGCUCACGGUCGAUAA